UUUUCCGACUGUUAUCGCAAUAGUAAACAACAAAUCAGAUAGUCUAAAAAGUUCGAAUACUUUUGAGACCAUCCCAUUUUUUAUUUAUGCUUGCAGUGACAAUCGCGCCAACCGAACCAGAUAGUGUAUCCGCGUUCAAAAACUCAUGAAAAUAUUCGUUUAUUUCAAUUUUGCCGUCUAUAAGAGGCUUAUCAGUCACACCCGCUUCUUGUGAAUCACACCUGCGAUGGAGCACCAGAUGGAGAUCAUUUUUACAAUUUUGGGGAUUGCCCUCGUGCAUGGUCUAAUUUUUUAUUUGGUGUGUCGGAAAUACGUAUUCGGCAACAGCAAGCAUCGGUACUCAUCGGAUGUCAGGCAAAGAUCGAAAAUCUUCGACAAGCAUGUCCUCGUCACCGGAGGUUCCAGCGGCAUUGGCCUUUGGGCAGCGAUCGAGUGUGUUCGUCUUGGGGCUCAUGUAACGAUCGUGGCACGCAAUGUUCAACAGCUUGAAAAGGCAAGGCAGCAACUGGAUACUUAUAAGCUUGUGCCCGAACAAAAGGUUAAUUUUCGAUCGAUCGACCUCACCAAGAGCUACGAAAUCGUCGAGCAAGCUUUACAGGAGAUAGAACUUGCGGUGCAACCUAUUCACAUGCUGGUCAACUGUGCCGGAAUGGCUGUUUGCGGAACGAUUGAAGACACCUCGCUCGAGGAUGCCAAGCGAAUGAUGGAUGUCAACUAUUUUGCAACUUUCUCACCGACCCGCUAUGUCCUUCCAAAAAUGAAGCAAGCUAAAGAAGGAAUAAUUGUCAUUACUGCUUCACAAGCGGCGCUGGUCGGGUUGUACGGUUAUGGUGCUUACGGUGCAUCCAAAUUUGCUCUGCGAGGACUGGCCGAAACAAUCGCCAUGGAAGCGAAACAUUGCGGUGUGAGUGUCACACUGGCACUACCGGCCGAUACAGACACUCCAGGACUGGCUCGGGAGAACGAAUCAAAACCGCUUGAAACGAAAAUCAUUUCCGGCUCUGGUGGACUGGCAAAACCAGAAGAUGUUGGACGCAAAAUCGUACACGAUGCGCUGAAUGGGUCUUUCUUUUCUGUGCUCGGGAUGGAAAGUUGGGUUUUGAGCACGAUGUGUGUCGGUAUGGCACCCUGGAAGGGACCUGUUCUUUGUCUGUUACAGUUUUAUUUGCUUGGCCCGCUGAGACUGAUUGGAUUGCUGCUUCAGUGGAAUUUCCAAAGGAUCAUCAAAAACUGCGCCAAGGAUAAGGAAAAAACAAAACAGGAUUAAUUUUAAUUAAAUUGUGUAAGGCUUAACAAAUCUGCAUUUAUGUUCUGUCACAUCAUCUAAUAAAAAAUAGACUUGUGUUUACUCCAAUGAGAA